ACCCAGGUAGGGACAAUGUCCCCUGCCAUUGCACUGGCAUUCCUGCCACUCGUGGUAACACUGCUGGUGAGAUACCGGCACCAUUUCCGACUGCUGGUGCGUACAGUCCUGCUGAGAAGCUUUCGAGACUGCCUGUCAGGACUUCGAAUUGAGGAGCGGGCCUUCAGCUAUGUGAUCACCCACGCCCUGCCUGGAGACCCUGGUCACAUCCUCACCACUCUAGACCACUGGAGCAGCUGCUGCGAGUACCUGAGCCACAUGGGCCCUAUUAAAGGUCAGAUUCUGAUGAGGCUAGUGGAAGAGAAGGCCCCUGCUUGCGUGCUGGAGCUGGGCACCCACUGCGGAUACUCUACACUGCUUAUUGCCCGAGCCUUGCCCCCUGGGAGCCGACUUCUCACCGUGGAGCGGGACUCACGGACAGCAGCAGUGGCUGAAAAAGUCAUCCGGCUAGCUGGCUUCGAUGAGCAAAUGGUGGAGCUCAUUGCAGGCAGCUCAGAGGAAGUGAUCCCACGUCUAAGAGCUCAGCACCAGCUGAAUCGGGCAGAUCUGGUGCUCCUGGCACAUCGACCUCGAUAUUACUUAAGAGAUCUGCAGCUACUGGAGGCCCAUGCUCUGCUCCCACAUGGUGCCACUGUAUUGGCUGAUCAUGUGCUUUUUCCUGGUGCACCCCGCUUCCUACAAUAUACCAAGAGCUGUGGUCGCUAUCGCUGCCGCCUCCACCACACCAGCCUCCCCGACUUCCCUGCCAUCAAGGAUGGCAUAGCCCAACUCACCUAUACUGGACCUGGCUGAGGUCCAGGACCUGGGAUCUUUACUAAUACAAGCCCAACCCCACUCGAGCAGACCUCAAAAUAUCCCCUUUCCCUUUCUGUUUAGUAUCCAACACAUGCUGGGCUCAGGCUGGGGAGGCUUUCUUUUCAACUUCGUCCCCCCUCCAACCUCUGUACUGAUCUGAAGUGUCAAAUUCUAUCAGCUUUCUUGGUCCCACAAGGUCCCCUCAUAGAAAAUCAGGAACUGGAAACAAGAGGCCUGAGCUCUCAACUUAGUUAUUGAUUGUCCCCUCCAAGUGAGUCCUUCCUUCCUCUGAGAUUUAGUUUACUCUCAACACUGAGUC